CGCGAGCGGCGGCGGCGGCAGCCGGAGGGACGAUGAGCGGCGCGGCGCGGGCGGGCCCGGCCCGGCUCGCCGCGCUCGCUCUGCUGACCUGCAGCCUGUGGCCGGCGCGGGCGGACAACGCGAGCCAGGAGUACUACACGGCGCUCAUCAACGUGACGGUGCAGGAGCCCGGCCGUGGCGCCCCGCUCACGUUCCGCAUCGACCGCGGGCGCUACGGGCUCGACUCGCCCAAGGCCGAGGUCCGCGGCCAGGUGCUGGCGCCGCUGCCCAUCCACGGAGUUGCUGAUCAUCUGGGCUGUGAUCCUCAAACACGGUUCUUUGUCCCUCCUAAUAUCAAACAGUGGAUUGCCUUGCUGCAGAGGGGAAAUUGCACAUUUAAAGAGAAAAUAUCACGGGCUGCUUUCCACAAUGCAGUGGCCGUGGUCAUCUACAAUAAUAAAUCCAAAGAGGAGCCUGUCACCAUGACUCAUCCAGGCACAGGAGAUAUUAUUGCUGUCAUGAUUACAGAAUUGAGGGGUAAGGAUAUUUUGAGUUAUCUGGAGAAAAACAUCUCUGUACAAAUGACAAUAGCUGUUGGAACACGAAUGCCGCCAAAGAACUUCAGCCGUGGCUCUCUAGUCUUCGUGUCAAUCUCCUUUAUUGUUUUGAUGAUUAUUUCUUCAGCAUGGCUCAUAUUCUACUUCAUUCAGAAGAUCAGGUACACGAAUGCACGCGACAGGAACCAGCGUCGUCUUGGAGAUGCUGCCAAAAAAGCCAUCAGCAAAUUGACAACCAGAACAGUAAAAAAGGGUGACAAGGAAACAGACCCAGACUUUGAUCACUGCGCAGUCUGCAUUGAGAGCUAUAAGCAGAAUGAUGUUGUGCGGAUUCUCCCCUGCAAGCACGUUUUCCACAAAUCCUGCGUGGAUCCCUGGCUUAGUGAACACUGUACCUGUCCAAUGUGCAAACUUAAUAUUUUGAAGGCCCUGGGAAUUGUGCCAAAUUUGCCAUGUACUGAUAACGUAGCAUUUGAUAUGGAAAGGCUCACCAGAACCCAAGCAGUUAACCGGAGAUCAGCCCUAGGUGACCUUGCCAGUGACAACUCCCUUGGCCUGGAGCCACUGCGAACUUCGGGGAUCUCACCUCUUCCUCAGGAUGGGGAGCUCACUCCUAGAACGGGAGAGAUCAACAUUGCAGUAACAAGUGGUCACUUCUUUCAUCGAAACUCCUUGUCUCCUCGGAGCCUGGUGUAUGAAAGUGAAUUCUCCACAAUCGAGCCCUCUUUGGACAUGUAUGAUGAGAACAAAACCUGAUUUUUCUAAAUGGGCUCUGGGGGGUCACCUCUUUUGUGAUUUGAUUUCUGAUCACCUUUCUUAUUUUGUAUUCUUCUGUCAGCGUCCAUUUUGGAAGAAUGGCAGGGCUUUCCAAGCACAGGUUGGGGCUCAGGGUUAAACUGCAAGGUACCCCAAGGUGCAGCUUUGACCACAGUGUUGUUGACCAGGUGACCUCGGAGCACUAAACGCCCGCCCAAAGCUGGCCUGAGAACAUGGGCCCCAACAAGCUUGGCUGUUCCCAGAGAAGAGCAGGGGCCCAGGGGUCAAUGUUGCAUUGCAAAUGUGUCUCUGAAUAAUUACAUGCAUAUUCUGUGUCAGGGUGACAUCGGGGUUUUUUAAAUACCUUUUGUGCUCCCCACUCACAGUGCAUACUUAAGCUUGCAGGUGCCACUUCUCACUGACGUGGGGCACAAGUUGCCGCUACGUGGCCUGCUCUCUAUCUUCCUGUCUCUUAUCCUACUUUCUGUUGAGGAGCCUCUUGCCAGAGGUUCCUGAGAGAAAGGCUUGCCUUUCAUCCCUCCCCAGAGACUGACCACCACCCAGCGCACCACGGUGCAGGGGGCGGUCUUGCCCAUUGCUGUCUCCAGCCUCCCUCCUGAGAGCAUGACACGGGGCCGAGUGUUUUUGUGACCACUGAAACCCUGAAUGCCCCGACCCCGAGGCCUGUAGACUUGUCUGCUUGGUAUCUGCUGAGGGGUGAGCAGAGGUCAACCCCGCGAGGCCAGCCUGGCAGUCUUCUCUGGGUGACCUUGGGAUGGCGGCCAAUGGGUGUGAAGCCCUGAACAACUCUGAGUGUUUUCCUGAGAAGAUCAAGCCCCCUCCUUGCUGUUAGAUGUAAGAUGAGCACCCUUCUUCAGUCUUACUGGUCUGACCCAGUUGCCUCCCACCAGCCUUGGCAUGAAGAAGACACAGGGACUUCUAGAAAAAGACAUGGUGGCCAGCAUGGCGGACAUCAGGGACACACGUGCUCGCCCCACACGCCUAGGGAUGAUGUCGAGUUAACAUCACGAGAAGCAUGUGUCUGAAGUAAUCCCAACACAGAACCACGAGAAGCAAAUCUGUAAAACAAAAUUGACGCCUCCUUUUUGCUCAAGGACACACUGUAGAGUAGCCUGUUUCUCUUAUGGAUGGGAGCUAUACAGAGAUGUAAAUGUGUUCAGGUCCUUCGAUCCUUCUUAACGAGAAUUGGAAACUUCAGCCUCCAUAUGCUUAGAUCUGGCAGCAAACCACUCAGACCUGUGACCCCCACCCCCGACACCCUGUGAUUUUUAUUGACUCCGUAAAACAGAAAUUCUAGGUGAACACUUGUUAUUUUUCCCUGUGCAUCUGGCUUCUCCUCUAAGUGUCUGUUCUCGUCACUUGUUGCUAGGACGCCUCAAAAUGCAGUUGCACCCCCGAGCAAAACCCCUCAGAGAACCAGGGUAGUGACGGCCAUUGGGAGCCUCACCUCAGAGUGACCAGCGGCGUUCUGUCCAUAAUCAUUUGAGGCUGGAACAGUGCGAGACUUUUAAGGUC